AUGACUGAUACUGCAGCCGCCGAAACAGCUCCUCCAGCCGCUGCCGCUCAAGUCAAAUCUCCCAAGAAGAAGAAGGCGGCUCCCCGAUCGAAGGCAACCGGUCCCAAGUUAGGCGAACAGAUCCUGAAGAUUGUGGCGGGUUGCAGCGAUCGCAAGGGGAUGUCCCUGGCCGCGAUAAAGAAAGCUUUGUCUGGCAGCGGUGUCGAUGUGGGGAAGCUGGGCUCCCAGAUCAGGUUAAGUAUCAGGAGGAAGAUGGAGAGCGGCUCCCUGGUGCAGGUAAAGGGACAGGGCGCCUCCGGUUCCUUCAAAAUCCCUAAGAAGGAAUCCCAGGGGAAAGUGGGAAAGAAGGACAAGAAACCAACAGCCAAGAAAUCUUUAGUAAAGAAACCAGCGGCCAAGAAAGUGAAAACAAAGAAAGCAGCAGCCAAGAAAUCUCCAGCCAGGAAAGUAGCAGCCAAGAAAUCCCCAGCGAAGAAAGCAACAGUUAAGAAAACAAGCAGCAAGAAGGCGGCAACUCCAAAAAAGGCGGUGAAAGCGGCGGACGGGAAGACGGCGGCGGUGAAGAAACCCAAGAGCCACAAGAAGGUGGAAAAACCUCGGGCUAAGACCAAGUAUAACCCCCAAAGAAAGCAGCGGCCAAACAGAAAUUAA